AUGCGGCCGACCCUCGACCGACCCUCGAUCCUGUGGCUGAUGGCCGACGACCUUGGUGCGGGAGAGCCCUCCUUCACCUCUCCAGGCCUGCUUCGCACGCCAAAUCUCGACGCUCUCGCUGGAGCUGGCAUGCGCUUCACUGCGGCGUACGCUGGCUACACUGUUUGCGCUCCCUCGCGUGCGACCUUCUUCACAGGACGGCACUCGGGCAGGCUGGCGGGAGCGCCGGCCGACUGGCCUCUCCUGCCGCAGCUGCUGCAGGCGGCGGGCUACGAGACGGUCGCCUUUGGAAAGUCGGCACCAAUGGACAUUGUGACGCCUCCGCGCCUGCCGUCGGUCGUCGAGUGGGGUGGCACGCCGCUCGAUUUCGGGUUCGACCGCUUCGCCGGGCAGCCGUCGCAGCUGUACUGUCACAACAUGUAUCCUGCCGACUGGACCGUCGGCGGCCGGGUGGAGCCGCUUCCGCUCAACCACAAGCCGAGGUCGCGCCGGUUGUGCAUGGCCCGGCCCGACGCAUACAACUACACGACCGACCUGUUCGCCGACGCCGCGAUCGGGUGGCUUCGCGCCCGCACGCCCGGCCCGCCUUUCUUCGCCUACGUCUCGUUCACGGUGCCGCACGCGGGUGGCUGGGACCAGGCGCCGCAUGCGGCCGAGGAGGGCCAGCCGGUUGGCGACCUGCUGCAAACGCUCGCGGAGCGGGGGCUGGAGCGCUCCACCGCAGUCUUUUUUGCGAGCGACAACGGCGCGCACGAGGAGGGCGGCCACCGCGUCGGCUUCUUCAACUCGACGGGCGGCCUGCGCGGCCACAAGCGCGCCUUCUACGAGGGCGGAGUCCGCUCCCCCUCCGUUGUCCGUUGGCCCGGCGUGACCCCGCCCGGGGCCGUCUCGGACGUGCCGCUGGAGAUGGCGGGCGCACCGCUGCCGCGGAACGGCACGUUUGACGGCCGCUCGAUCGUGCCGGCGCUGCGGGGCGAGCCCAUGCGGCCGCCCCCGUACCUCUUUUGGACUUGGAGAGGCGAGGCUGCGGACGAGGCGUCGCCGGCAAAGCUGGCUGGGACCCGGUGGCGACGCGUCACAGGCUUGCUGCGGGCGGUGCUGCGGCCGUCCCUCGACGACGUGAUGGAGCUGUACAACCUGACCGCCGACCCGGGGGAGGAGACGAAUCUCGCGGCGGUGGAGCGAUCGGUCGUGGUCGACAUCAAGCGCCUGCUGAUUCGCGAGGGUGUAUCGUGCGAGUGUUUCCAAUGUUGA